AUGGGGUGGGCUGGAAGUUGGAAUAUUCAAAUAAAAACUUUGGCAGAUGAUGUGCGUGACAGAAUAACAAGCUUCAGAAAAUCAGCGGUGAAAAAAGAGAAACCUCUCAUUCAGCAUCCUAUUGACUCUCAACCUUCUAUAAGUGAAAUCCCGCUUGCACAGGCACUUGUUGAUGAGCGUUGCAUGAACUUAUCAGAAAAGGAAGUUAUGGAUCUCUUUGAAAAAAUGAUGGAAGACAUGAAUCUAAAUGAAGAACGUAAAGCUCCUUUAAGAGAUAAAGACUUGACCACAAAACGUGAGAUGGUUGUCCAAUACAUUUCUGCAACUGCCAAAUCUAUAGUCGGAAGUAAAGUUCCGGGUGGGCUGAAAAACAGCAAGCAUGAAUGUACCCUGUCAUCGCAAGAAUAUAUUCAUGAAUUACGAUCCGGAAUUUCAGAGGAAAAGCUUCUUAAUUGUCUAGAGUCUUUGAGAGUGUCUCUAACUAGCAAUCCAGUCAGCUGGGUUAACAAUUUUGGGCAUGAAGGUCUUGGACUUCUGUUGGAUGCUUUGGAAAAACUUCUGGACAAGAAACAGCAGGAAAGUAUUGAUAAGAAGAAUCAACAUAAACUUAUCCAGUGCCUCAAAGCAUUUAUGAACAACAAAUACGGACUGCAAAGGAUCCUAGGAGAUGAAAGAAGUCUCUUCUUGUUAGCAAGAGCAAUUGAUCCAAAGCAACCACACAUGAUGACCGAAACAGUGAAAAUACUUUCUGCAAUCUGCAUAGUUGGAGAGGAAAAUCUUCUGGACAAGCUUUUAGGUGCUAUAACAACUGCUGCUGAAAGGCACAAUAGGGAACGUUUUUCUCAGAUUGUUGAAGGACUGGAAAACCAUGAAUUCUUACAACUGCAGGUAGCGUGUAUGCAGCUCAUCAAUGCCCUUGUUACAUCUCCAGACGAUCUUGAUUUCAGGAUACACUUGAGAAAUGAGUUUUUACGUUGUGGCCUGAAGAAAAUACUGCCUGGCUUGAAAGAUAAGGAUAAUGAAGAGCUUGAUAUUCAGCUGAAAGUGUUUGAUGAGAACAAAGAAGAAGACUUAAUUGAACUGUCACAUCGUCUCAAUGAUAUCAGAGCUGAAAUGGAUGAUGUGAAUGAAGUAUUUCAUCUGCUGUAUAAUAUGUUGAAAGACACUUCUUCUGAAAAUUACUUCCUGUCGAUUCUCCAACAUUUCCUUCUCAUUAGGAGUGAUUACUAUAUCCGACCUCAGUAUUACAAGAUAAUAGAAGAAUGCGUAUCACAAAUAGUAUUGCACUCCAGUGGCACAGACCCAGAUUUUAAAUGUAGAGGAAGAAUGGAUGUGGAUUUUACUCAUCUUAUUGAUGCUUGUGCAGACAAAGCUAAAGUAGAAGAGAGUGAAAAGAAAGCAGCAGAAUUUUCCAGAAAGUUUGAUGAAGAGUUCACAGCUCGACAAGAGGCACAAGCAGAGCUUCAGAAACGAGAAGAGAAAAUCAAAGAACUUGAAACAGAAAUCAAACAGCUACGAACCCAGGGGCCUGGCCUGACAGGUCAGCUGACAGAAGGAGCAUCGUUACCUCCAACCCUACCAAGUGAGAAUAUACCACCUCCUCCGCCCCCUCCCCUACCUGGUGGAGUAGUAAUACCUCCACCGCCUCCCCUACCUGGUGGAGCAGCAAUACCUCCACCUCCUCCGUUGCCUGGUGGAGCAGCAAUACCUCCACCUCCUCCGUUGCCUGGUGGAGCAGUAAUACCUCCGCCACCUCCUCUGCCUGGUGGAGCAGCAAUACCUCCACCGCCUCCUCUGCCUGGUGGAGCAGGACCUCCUCCACCUCCUCCGCUACCUGGUGGAGCACCACCUCCUCCACCACCGCCUUUUGGUGGGCCUCCAAUGCCACCAGGUCUUGGAGGUGUUCCUUUUGCUCCCUUUCCGGUCAUACCAGCAUUACCACAUGGGAUGAAGGAGAAGAAAAAGUAUAAGCUGGAAGUUUCAAUGAAGAGAAUCAACUGGUCAAAGAUUGAACCUCAAGAGAUAGCAGAAAACAGCUUUUGGGUAAAAGCAGAAGAAGAUAAAUUUGAAGAUCCAGAACUGUUUGCAAAAUUGGCUCUUACCUUUGGAACACAAAUGAAAGCUAAAAAGGCAGUAGAAGAAUCAGAAGAGAAGAAAGCAGUUCAGUCAAAGAAAAAGAUUAAAGAAUUAAGAAUUUUGGAUGGAAAAACCGCACAAAAUUUAUCAAUAUUUUUGGGUUCUUUCCGUUUGCCUUAUGAAGAAAUAAAAAGUAUAAUUUUAGAGGUUGAUGAAGAGAAGUUGAGUGAAUCCUUGAUUCAGAAUCUAGUGAAGAAUCUUCCUGAGCAGAAGGAACUCAAUGCCUUAGCCGAAUUAAAGGAUGAAUAUAAUGAUCUUGCUGAGCCAGAACAAUUUGGAGUUGUGAUGAGUUCAGUGAAAAUGUUGCGGUCACGUCUCAAUGGGAUCCUUUUCAGGCUUAUGUUUGAAGAGCACGUAAACAAUAUCAAACCUGACAUUAUGGCAGUUACAAUGGCUUGUGAAGAGCUAAAGAAGAGUGAAAGCUUUAGUAAGCUUUUAGAGUUAGUGCUGUUCCUUGGAAACUACAUGAACUCUGGCUCCAGAAACGCACAGUCUCUUGGUUUUAACAUCAGUUUUCUUUGCAAGGUAAUUGAUGAGACAAGUUGUGAAACAGAUAUACAAGACAUCCUUGGAGAUACACACAUGUGGAUGCUGGGCUACUCAGAAUGCUCAGCUAGGCUGCGGCAGCACUGUUCGCCUAACCAACAGAACGUUUAUUCCCUUAAUAAAUCUAAACUUAGUGUUUCAGCCCAGACUCUGAAGAGCAACCUUGAGUCAAUGAACCGUCAGAUCCAGUGCCUAGAAAAAGACAUUGAGAAUUUCCGAAAAAUACAAGAUGAACAUGAUAAGUUUGUAGAGAAGAUGAGCAGCUUUGCUGAGAGUGCCCGAGAGCAAUAUGAAAAACUGUCCAACAUGCACAACAACAUGACUAAGUUGUAUGAAAAUUUGGGAGAAUACUUUACCUUUGAUCCCAAAGCAGUAAGCAUAGAAGAAUUCUUUGGUGAUCUGAGCAACUUCAGAACUCUAUUUUUGGAGGCAUUAAAAGAAAACAACAAAAGAAGAGAAAUGGAGGAGAAAACUAAGAGAGCCAAACUGGCAAAAGAGAAGGCUGAACGAGAGAAACUGGAGCGACAGAAGAAGAAGCAGCAGUUGAUUGAUAUGAACAAAGAGGGUGAUGAGACAGGAGUGAUGGAUAGUCUGCUUGAGGCCUUGCAGUCAGGGGCAGCGUUCAGAGAUCGUAGGAAACGAACACCAAGAGUACAAGGAGUGCCUGUUUCACAAGUCAGUAACAAAGGAGGACAUUCAGAGAAGCCCAAGAUGGAGUUGUAACAACUCUCCUAUGCUUACCAAGCACAGAAGAUUUCUGUUUCUUCUUUAACAUUUCUUGCUUUUUUUUUUUUGUAUACCC